AUGACCAAGUCGGACUCCUCCAGGAUUCAGUCUUCACAGGCUAAAACUGGUGAUGACAUGUCGUCAAAAGGAUUCGCAGCCCGCGCUCUGUCUGCUGGUGAUCGUUGGGCAAACUCGAAUUCUACGGCCACCAACCCGAGUCACAGUUCUGAAGCAUCUGAUAAUCGUGGUUAUAUCGAAAGUCUUCAUUUAUUUCUGCCAUCAAUCUAUCGUUAA